AAAUGGCUAUUGUGUGUGUAAGUAAAAACCGUCGUUAAACGAGAACGAAACGUUCUGUGCAAAUUAAAAUUGUAAAUAUUACAUACGGAAUUAAAUGUAGCUAAUUAGAAAUUUGUGCAAUCAAAAACGUUUUAGCUCUUCCUCAAGGAGAUCAAGUUUGGAAAAGGUUAUACUAACGUCAAUUUAGUAAUUCGGAGCCUAUUUAACGCAUGUAAUAGAAGCAACUAGCUGAGGGUGUGUAUGUCCGUCCGUGGGACUAGGCUGGCGCAGCAGCAGAUCGCUGCUUGUGACAGCUGCUGUCAGCGCGUGUCGUAGUCGUCGCUGCUCACGUUUGUUAAUGAGUUAUUCUCAGCCAUGCAAUUAGAUUUUUAGACGCUGAAUUUGAAAAAGUCAACUGUGAGAAAACUAAGUUUAGUUGUAAAUUGUUGUUGCAAACAGGUGGAGUUUUUUUGACAAUCCUAAAUUUCAGUUAAAUUCGAUAUAUUUUAAUGGAACCGUUUGGACACUUAAAUUCGAAUACAAAUAAUAAUUUCACAAACGUUAACAAUAUACCAAUUGGCGGAGGUAAAAUAGAAGCCCCUACACAAACACAAAGAGGACUUUGUGAGCACGACGCAAUACAUCCACGACUUCUAAAAAAACAUCAAAACGAGGGAGUGAAAUGUUUGAGCUGUGGACAAGUUUUUGAAUCAACUUCUGAAAUUUUUGAACAUUACGCAAACGUUGCACAUAAUAAUUGCAUAGGAAAGUGCUUUUAUUGCGGUGGUAAAGUUCAUCAAUAUCAAUAUUAUAAGGAUAUUCACACAUAUCAUAGUUGUACCCGUUCGAUUGGGAAUAUAGACAAAUAAUAAUUUUAAGGUACGAAAUAUGGAUUCGGAAAAUGUUGAUACCUACUUUAUCGCCGAACGUUUGGAAAGUGGCAGUGGAGAUUCGGGCGAAUCAGAAUGCUCUGAUAAUGGUGGUGGCAUCGAUGAUGAUUCUAGUAGUUUGAGUUCGCGCACCACUGGUGGCAAUGGUUAUGGCAAACGUUGGUCUCGAGCUGAGGAUAAUCUUUUAAAAGGGUUGGUGGGACAAUAUGGCGAUCAGUGGGAGUUGAUUGCGCCACAGUUUAAAGAUCGUACCGAACAGCAAGUACAACAGCGUUGGGCUAAGGUAUUAAAUCCAGAAUUAAUCAAGGGUCCUUGGACAAAAGAAGAGGAUGAAAAAGUUGUUGAACUAGUACGACGAUUCGGUCCAAAAAAAUGGACAUUGAUUUCGCGAUACUUAAAUGGUCGUAUUGGUAAACAAUGCCGUGAACGUUGGCAUAAUCAUCUCAAUCCUAAUAUUAAGAAAACUGCAUGGACGGAAGAGGAGGAUCGUAUAAUCUUUAAUGCUCAUAUGGAAUGGGGCAAUCAGUGGGCGAAAAUAGCUAAGCUACUACCAGGACGUACAGAUAAUGCCAUAAAGAACCACUGGAACUCCACCAUGAGACGCAAAUAUGAUCCACAUCGCUUAAGAGUUCUAGGACGACUGUGUCCCGAUUUACAAGAUUCUCGAUCAAAUCUAAAAGCUCUGAUAAAAGCGAGUGCCGGUGCAUCUACACAAACCCAAGUACAAGCGCAAGCACCUGCUCCAACGCUGUCCUUGUCGGCACAAAUAUUACAGCGCCCUCAAAUGCGACAGCAAAACGAACAGAGUCACGAGCAGCCGAGUACAUCGGCCGUCGCGGCAAUAAAAUUAUCAGCACAGCAACAAGCCGCUAAGCCACCACCAACACGCCCGCCACCAAAUAUAUUGAAGCGUGCGCGUCCGCAAACAGAGCAACAACAACCUUACUUAGAAAUGUGCACAACAAAUACAAUUUCAACAGUUGGCUUCGAUAAUAUGGGUGUAAUUUCCAGUCAGUGGUUAAAGUCGGAAGCGAAAUUGCCAGAGUCACCGGUUAUGACACCCAUAAAACCCUUACCAUUUUCACCAUCACAAUUUCUCAAUUCACCAUGUCUACCAUCGUUUGAAGACAUAAGCUUACGUGCCAGCACGCCUGUACACAAAGGUAGUGGGCGACCCGGAGUAGAAAUCAAAAAGGAGUUGGAAAGUUCGUCAAUUGAAACGCCACAAAAAAGUAUUUUAGGUCCACGUACGCCAACACCUUUCAAGGAAGCUGUAGCUGCGGCCGAUGUACUUGUUCAUGACUCAGAUAAUAUGAUUAUUAAAAAGGAGAAUAUCUCAUCGGAUGCGGACUUGACUAAUGACAGGUCUAGAAGUACCGUUGGGGGUGGUGGUUCCACAACACAACCAACAAAGAAGGCACGCAAGUCAUUGAUCACCAGCUGGAGUGAAAAUGUUAUGCCCAGCAUGGAUGUCAAACAUGAAAAGAAACCAUUACCUUACGAAACUGAGACUCCGCGUAAAUUUCUUACAUCCAACGAGUCAAUUGCUCUCUCACCGACAACUAUAAUUAUGAAAGAUACCUUAUGCAGUGAGGCUGACCUACUACUUGAAACCAAUGAAGAAGCCAAAAAAGAAAAUAGUCCACAACAGCGACAACGACAACAACAACAGAGUCAAAAUGUAUUGUCGAUAUUGCCGCCGCGUGAACGCAAUCGACAACAAUAUUUGGAUCCCAAAUGGGAGCGAUUAGCAUGCGGUCAAACCAAGGAUCAACAAUUCAUGGUGCAACAAGCGCACGCGUGCUUAAAGAAUCUAUCGCUAAUGGCGCGCUCUCUGAACUUUCAGAAGCAAAAAUGACGUGAACACAAACGAAAACUCUUCGAGGCAAUUUACUAAACAUAAUUGUUGAUUAAAUACGUUUAGGCUUAAGAAAAUACCAUACAUGCAUGCACAAACAUGUGUACACACAUUCUUUAAUAUUUACGAGAUUUGCUUAUUUUUUAAUUUAUUGUUUCUACGCUACGAUUGUUAUCGUGUUAAUUAUUAUUAUUUUUGUACAAUAUACUUAUAUACAUAAAGUACACGCACAUAAGGUUUGCGGUUGGUGGCAUGCUUAUGCCAUUUUAAUACCUUUUAUUUAUUACAAAAGGGUAUAUUUUUUGGUAAAAGUCUAUAGAAAUUAAGUCCAAAGAAGUUUGAAAAAUUUAUCAGUACUCGAUGCAUGUCUUAUAAAAUGGUGUUUGCAUGUAUUUUUACAUAUGUAUGUAUAUAUACACUUAUGCGUCAGCCAUUUACACAUCAUGUAUCUAUGUGUAAGUUAUAUAUUAUAUAUAAAUAGGCUGGUAAGCGAAAUAAUAAACCAUUAUUUAAGUUUGUAAAUGAUGAAAUAUUUUUAUUUUAUAUAUAAAGUAAGAAAAAAAGUUAUAAAUUAGCAGUAAGAACACGGUGCACUCCUAUCAUGUAAUCCAAGAACUUAAAUUAUUAACAAUACAUAAACGAAUA